AAAGGGCUCGGCGUGUUAGCUAACUAGUUAGUUAGCGAGUGAGUGUGUGAGAGCUGCACAAUGGCCGACAACACUAUCUUGUACUGGGGUUCGGGCUCCCCUCCCUGCUGGAGAAUCAUGAUCGCUUUGCAAGAGAAGAAACUAUUUGGGAUCCCGCAGAAAUUGCUGUGUUUUGACAAGCAGGACCACAAGUCACCGGAGGUGCUGGCUGUGAACCCCAGAGGACAACUCCCAAGCUUCAAGCACAACGGGAACAUUGUGAACGAGUCUUUCGCAGCCUGCAUGUACUUGGAGAGUCAGUAUAAAUCCCAAGGCAACCAAUUGAUCCCAGACGCACCAGCAGAACAGGCUCUGGUCUACCAGAGAAUGUUUGAGGUUCUAACUCUGCAUCAGAAGAUGGCUGAUUAUGCUUUCUACAAUUGGAGGGUCCCAGAACCUGAGCGACAUGAAAGUGCCCUGGCAAGAAAUAAAGCUGCCUUGACAUCCGAGUUUACCCUCUGGGAAGGAUAUCUAGGGAAGAUGGGACCCCAAUCAUAUAUAGCAGGGAAAAACUUCACCAUGGCUGAUGUCAUGCUGUUCCCACAACUGGCCCUAUGUGUCCGAUUUGGACUGUCGCAGAAGAGAUAUCCAUACCUGCUUGAUUAUUACAAUCGAGUGAAGGAGCGACCCAGUAUCCAGGCAACCUGGCCCCCUCACUGGAAGGACACUCCUCCAACCAUGGACCCCUUGAAAGAGGUCUGAGCUGCCAUCCAGCACUGUCCUGUUCUGACUAAAAUAACAUAUCCCCUAUGAACAGAGUGGUCAUCAUACCAUUUAUUAUGCCCUUUUUGAUACAGUACAUGCUGUUUCACAAAGAGGCAAAUUCUAAUUUGUCUCGUUUACUCCUGGGACUGUCAGUUUUAUUAAACAUAUCAGACGGAUGAGCUAUAUCCAUUUCAAUAUCUGGGUGUCAAGGUACAAUCAUUGUUAAUAAGAAAAGGUACUUUGUAGCAAAAAUAAAGACUUGAUAUGAAA